UUGUGUCCAGAAGAGCAUUUUCAUCUCUGAUUUAUCAUGUCUGUCAAAUUUGGCCAACAUCUCAUCAAGCAAUCUGUUAUUUUUCUGAAGACUGCAUUCUCUUUUGCAUUGGUAAAUAGAAAGCCUGUGGUACCAGGGCAUGUGUUGGUUUGUCCAAUAAGAUCUACAAAACGCUUCAGAGAUCUCAGCCCUGAAGAAGUUAGUGAUCUUUUCCUCACAGUCCAAAAAGUUGCUAAUGUGGUAGAGUGCCAUUUUGGUGGUACGGCCAUCACUAUUUCCCUUCAGGAUGGGCCAGAAGCAGGACAAACUGUUCAUCAUGUUCAUGUGCACAUUUUGCCUAGGAGAGUUGGAGACUUUGAAAGAAAUGACCAGAUAUAUGAAGAACUACAAAACCAUGAUAAAGAAAGAAAGGACUGUUUAGAGGCAUGGAGAUCAGAACAAGAGAUGGAAACAGAGGCAGCUGCACUUAGAAAAUAUUUUUAGCAUUACAAUGGUACUGAACUGGAUAUUGUAAUAAAAACACGUUGUGUCUGUAUGAAUAUGU